AUGGUUGUUAUUACAGGAGCAAUAAUUGCUUACGGGUUAUGUACGUUCUUUGUUGGGACUUUGGUUGGGGUAGGGGUAGGGGUUCUGACCAGGCAAGCCUCAGAGCUUGAGACAGCAAAACUUCGAAUAGAACAGGCAGCCAACAACAUCUCGGGAGAGAGAAUUUUAAUAUCAGAGCAUCUCAACGUGAUAGGGGAACGCGCGAUGAAUCUAUCAUUUCAAGUAGAUGAUAUGCAGCGCAACCUGAGCAGGAUUGACACAACCACAUCUAUACCUGGUUUUAGUCCAUUUCCUGCGACCAUGAGAAUUGUGCCCAAUGCUCACUCGGGAUAUCACUUGCACGGCUACAGAUUGAAGACGAAUAAAAAUAAAAAUAAGAACAAGAAUAAGAACAAAGGUAGUCUCAGAAGCAAUUAUAUCCGAGAAGAACACGAGAGAGAUGAAGGCACAACCCAUAACACCCAUACGAGAUCUAAAAGAUCAUUGUCGAAGAACAAUAAUACCCGCAGUUAUCGAGUCCUAACAGAACUCGAAGAUGAUGCCUCGAUUAAUACAACAAAUACGUCACUGUCGAAAUUCAAAAUUAGGGUGCUUGAAUCAGGGGUUAUAGCUCCUGAAUUGGGUAUUGUUAUGGAGCAGACGGGAUCUUAUAUGGAAUAUUCCGGAUAUAUAUAUGUUCCAAUAAUAUACCACAUGUCACAUCUCGCAGAGUCUGGCUUAGUUGGUAAAGGGGAGACAUGUAAUACCACGGCUAAUUGGGAGCAUCAGAAUUUAAUCGUUCAGCUCCUAAAAGAAAAAAUUGGAACCUUGAUCCCCCAGAAUCACAAGAACCGAUCGAAAAGAUUUAUAGAGGCAAUAUUACUAGGUGGGGCUGCAGCAUGGAAUCGUGCUUCCAUUUGGUCUCUCAAAGACACCGUCGCUUCUCUAGACAAUCAAAUCUCUGAGAUGAGGAGGCACAGCCAGAUUGUAGUCAGUAGUAUAAAUACGUUGGUGGAUAAUCAACAUGCUAUCCAUCACUCAGUUGAUAGACAGGCAAGGAUCCUUCGAGAAUUCAUGGAGAGAACGACUUGCACGGAGCUAUUGACAAAUUAUUUUAGAGAAGUAUAUUCUACUUGGUUGUCGCUAGCACCGAAUGAUUUUGCGCGAGUUGUCGAUAGUGCACUAUCUGGAAAGAUCACCCCAGAUCUCCUCCCUGCAACAGAUGUUUUAUCUGUUUUGUUAAAACACCCUGCUAUGGUGUCUACGGCCUACUCGAAGGACAUGACACUAUUGUAUGAACUAGGAAAAUUUUCACUGCACCAGGUCAAUUAUGACCCAUAUCCAAUGGUAUCAGGUGUCAUGAUAUUCCCAAGAAUUUUGAUGGACCGAUCUGCUGCACUAAUGAGAAUUCAUACUACACAUGCAGCAAUCGAUGGCGGAUAUAGAAAGCUUAAAUUACCCGAUGUUGUGGCAUGUAAGAACCGCCAGGACUGUUGGAUUAUCUCUCCGACAGCCUGUAAGGAGAUGCUCACAUUGACAUUGUGCCCUAAAACCACCAGGAUUGAGUUUAACAGCUGCAUCAAAAAUAUCAUGGAAAACAAGAAGAGUCCAUCUACUAGCUGUGAAUGGAAGCUGUCUACAGAAUCGAAACCCGAAGUUGUACCGUUUGACGGAGGGGUUCUCAUUAGCGCAUCAAAUCUUAAGGGAGAGAUUAUGAUAUCCCAAGGGAAAGAACUGAUAGUUCAUAAGAACAUGGACCCAAGUCCUAUCCCUACAGUCCUCACCUCAGAGGAUGGAGAUUACCUUCAUAUAGAUGGUCAAAUGAAAAUUUGGUUUAUACCAAAAACAUCACGGUACAUAAUUCUCUUGCAA